GAAACUCCGGUAAAAAGUAAAUCAUGGACAAGGAUCUCGAUGAGGAAUUGUUCUCAGAGGACGAUGAGCCACCACAGCAGGAUGAAAUAAAUGAGGGCUUAUCGAAACUUAAAAAGCUGUUUGCCGCCGUAGACGCCACGGUGAUAUCUAUAAUCGCCUCUCCCGAAGCCGGCAAAGCUGCGCAGGAUAAGCUGGAACAAUCUCCUCAAACAUGCAAGGAUAGCGUUACGUCAAAGACGCCUGUGCCGGAUUAUGAAGACCUUCAAGAGAAUUUUAAAGAUGCCGAUCCGAAGGAACCUGCCGGAGAAGACUGUCUAGAUGAACUAGAUGAACCAAAUUAAAUAUUCGGUGCUUA